AUGACGGAGGCUCCGAUGUCCGCUAGCGAAGAAAAGAACAGUAUUGUCCGGGAGAGGCUCUCCUGGUUCGGCCCGAAGCAGAUCAUGGAAUUAAUACAGCAAACCAUGGCACAAGUGGAUGUGGAGAUCCGAGAGGCCAGAGCACACAAGCUCAACCUGUGCACACCCCCAGCAAAACCCCGCUGCAGGGAUGACAACUAA